UAAGCUCACGCAGGUCUAUCGGUACCUUUUAGUUUGUGAUUUGUGGAGUUAAUGAAAAACAAGUGAAAACAGUGAAAAUUUCUCAACAAUACGCAAUAUUGUUGUUUUUCUAUUAAUUGAGACGACAAUGUCUCUGUGAAGAAGUGUUUUAACGAUUUUUAUUAGACAAUUUAGCGCAAAAAGGCACUGUAAUGCCUCCGCAACCACUUCCUUUAGAAGGAGGAGGACCUGUCAAUUUUAUGCCGUCGUCCGGACAAGAGCCCCGUGGGGGCUCUAUUUCUCUUGCAAUUCUAAUUGAUUUUAUCAUUCAACGGACUUACCAUGAAUUGACUGUUUUGGCUGAAUUGCUUCCACGGAAAACCGAUAUGGAGAGAAAAAUUGAGAUUUAUAACUUUUCUGCCCGGACACGGCAACUCUUUAUACGUUUGUUGGCAUUGGUAAAAUGGGCAAAUUCUGCAUCGAAAGUGGACAAAUCAGCACAGAUUAUGAGUUUUCUGGACAAACAGUCCAUGUUAUUUGUGGAGACGGCUGAUAUGUUGGCCCGGAUGGCCCGUGAGACGCUGGUUCAUGCACGUUUGCCCACCUUUCAUAUUCCAGCUGCAGUUGAAAUACUCACAACUGGAACUUAUGGGCGUCUUCCGGCCUGUAUCAGGGAGAAGAUUGUACCACCGGAUCCCAUUACCACCAAUGAAAAGCGCCAGACAUUGCUGAGACUCAAUCAGGUGAUACAGCAUCGACUUGUCACCGGAAGUCUCCUGCCGCAGAUGAGAAAGUUCAAAAUUGACGGAGGGAGAGUCACUUUCCGGAUUGAGCAUGAAUUUGAAGUGUCAUUGACGGUCAUGGGAGAUGGACCAAAUGUACCUUGGCGUCUCCUGGACAUUGAUAUCCUCGUGGAAGACAAAGAAACUGGCGAUGGAAAGGCAUUGGUUCAUGUACUCCAAGUGAAUUAUAUUCAUCAAUUGAUUCAGGCUCGUCUUGUGGACAAUCAAAAUGCCCUGGCUGAAGUCUACAAUUGCCUUCAUUUCUUCUGCCAAUCCCUUCAACUGGAAGUGCUCUACACUCAGACUCUUCGUCUUAUCCGGGAUCGAUUGCACGAAAUGAUCUACGUUGAUGAGUAUAUUCCGGGAAGCAAGUUGACAGUGUCGUACUGGAGGGAGCUGACCAGCAAGGAUCCCAAAUCCGAAUUAGGCUACAGGCUGACAGUGCAAACGGAUCCAAAUGACUCUGCUAGGCCACUUGCAGUUUUCCACAUUCCAUCAAUUGGAAAUAAGGAGUCGUCUGAAGUGGCAGAUCGGGCAGUGCGUUCCGAUCUUCUGUCAAUGGAACGUCUUCUAGUGCAUACAGUUUAUGUUCGCUCUCUUGCUCGACUCAAUGAAAUCAAAGUGGAGUUUCAGACUUUCCUCAAAGAUGUAGAAUACCAUCUCCAGGGAACUCCUGCUAUACUUACUGUCCCCAUUCUAAGUCCUUGUCUUCGGGCUGAACAAGUGCACAUUACAGUGGAUACGCAUACAGGCAUAUUUCAUUGCCAUGUACCCAAGCACCUUGAAUGCCCAAUAGUUCCCGAUCUGCAGGCAGCUCUCAACAAUGAUUACACCAAACUGCCCUAUUUGAUCUCUGAAUUGAGAUAUUGGAUCACUCAGCGACGCUGUGAAAAGACCCUUCAGCACCUUCCAGCGACUCCACAUGAGCAUCUACCAUUGAUCCACAGUUCGGAUCAUCCAAUCGUUAAGAUUGGACGACACAAGGUGUUCGUGAAGCUCCAUCGUCAUCCAAAUGUCAUCCUUGUACUUGAGAUGCGAGAAAAAGCCAAGAUACCGAGUGAGAUGGAGUACAAUUUCUUCCUGGUGUACGUUAAGCCAACGGGAAUUGAAGGAGUAGAAGCUGGAGAUGAGAACAGUGAUACAGAUGUCCCAAAGAUGUAUUUAAAAGUUCUCAAUCUCAUUGAAUUUGACACUUUUGUGACGACACACGGACCAGGGACAUUUCUCGAUGAGUCCGUCAACAACAAACGCAAAGCAUCGCACAUGGACAGUGGACCAGCAGCUAAACAACAGAAAACCAUCUAUCCGGCUUAUUUUAUACCCGAGCUGGCUCAUGUUGUGGCAAUGUGUGAUGAAAAAUUGCCAUUUGUCACAUUUGCUCAAGAGCUGUCAAAGCGUAAUAUUCCUCAUGGAGGACUUCAAGUAGAAGCCAAUGCAACAUCGCUCGUGUUGAAAUUAUUAACUCUUCCCAAGCCGGGUCCAUUGCAAGUUGACAACAAAACUCUCUCUACGCCCCUUGUGGACAAUUCAAUGUGGAAUGCUCUACUGAAGCGUUUGUUGUCAGUGGCUGUAAGGGCUCAGGUUAAUCGUCACACAACUCGUCUCUGGAUUGUGGAGUUAGUGUUCUACGGGACUCCACUCCCAAGUGCACAUCACAAAGAGCAAGGACUGAGACGAGCAGUCUACCUUCAAUACGAUCUAAUGCCCGUGGAUCAGUUUGGGAAGACAAUCGACAGUCUCCUGAAUGAUUGGUCCAAAAUAGUCUACCUUUAUGCUUUGGUUCAUGAUUUUUCGGAAAAAUACAAAAAUGAUAAAUACAAUCUCCAGAACAUCGUGACAGUGAAGUCAUAUACAUACACGAGCCUUCUCCUUGGAUAUGGACCAAAUAAGGAGGUGCUCGUGAAUAUUUUUUGGUGCACAGAAUCAAAAGAAUUCAAAAUGAUCUUUUCGGGAGGACAUUCAGCUACCAAUUCACAUUCAAUGAUGCGAGAACAGCUGCAAUCGCAUCUGAAUAGAAAUUAUAACCUCACACAAAUCAUCCACAUACUUCAUGAGACGUAUCAACCGCUCAGUUCCAUUGCAAAACUACCGACAAUUCCUCAGCUUGGCAUUGUGGUACACUUACAGCGUCCACAGAAUCCUGUCUUGACCUUCUGUCUGUUCCCGCAAUCUCCAACUCUUCUCCGUGUGGAGUAUCAAAGUCUCUAUUGCCUGGAAAUUCGUUUGAGAGGCGGAGGACUUAUAUCGAUUCGCGAUGGAGCCUACAGUCGCUUCGAUCGAUGCAAUGUGUUGCAGGAAUUGAUUCCUACACCGGGAUUGAAGGCCUUCCUGUCCAAAUAUGUGGAUGAAUCCACGGUGUAUCGUCGUCGAUCGCAAUCCGAAGAUGACAAUCCACCGUCUCCGAUUGCAAUGGAGGAGCCACAGGGUGGGCCAACGUCUGUAGGUGGAUCAUCGCCAUUUCUUGGUUUGAGAGGUCCUCAGAGUCCUCGUGAUGCUGGAUUGCGUUUUGCCUCACCUAUCACUCCUCCUUCGGGAUCCAAUCCUCAUACACCAGCGAGUCCACAUGCCCUGGCAUCGGCACAAGGGCAUCCCAACUUCAGCAUGACCUCUCCACCGGCUCCGCAUAUGCCACAUCCUUCUCCAAGUGGAAUAAUGCCAUCGUCACCGUUGAACACUCAGCCGAGUCCGAUGGCUCAUUCACCGGGUCCUAAUAGCCUGUCGUACAUGCAACAGGGUCACACGACAGAUGGAAGUCCUUUUCCUACCUUGUCUCCGGGUGCAUCAAAUUGGCCAGGAUCACCCAGCAUGCCGCGUCCAUCUCCACGAUCUGGCCAGAGUCCUGAUCACAAAACCCAGCAACAGCCAUCUACAACGCAUCUUUCCCGGGUUCUCCCGGCUAGAUCUUGGGCUGGGGCAGUUCCCAUUCUUCUUACGCACGAAGCUCUCGAUACACUCUGUCGACCAUGUUCGCAUCCUCAGAAGGAGAUCCCAGGACCAGAUCUUAGUCCUCUCGAGAGAUUUCUUGGCUGUGUUUACAUGAAACGUCACUUGCUACGUUUUAUUCAAAAUGAGAUGACACCGCUACCGUCAAAUGAACCAGGCAGUGUAUUUUUCAAGGCGGAUGGCCUACAGUGUCAGGUGUUUCUCAAUCAAGCGCAUAUGCAAUCGCUUCAUAUGAAAGUGAGCCAAAUACAAAAUGUUGGAGCACCGGAGAUGCAUCAGUGGAGUCAGGAAGAACUUCAGAUAAUUGAGCAGUUCUUUGAGUUGCGCGUUGCAGCACCGCCUUAUCGGCCAAAUGGAUUGUGCGCCUUUGCGAGGAUGAUCAAUGUGAAUAUGUCGCGUGUACUGAAAGAUUUCAUUCAGAUAAUGCGACUUGAACUUAUGCCGGAACUCGUUCAGGGUCUCAAAUGGAACGUACAAUUCUGCCUGCGUGUUCCGCCGUCAGCUAUGCCAAUUGUUCCGACGGGAAUGCCGGCAGUUUUGCCUUUUAGGGGCAAAAUUCUCUUUUUCCUGCAAAUUACGCGAAUUCCUUAUGUCCAGGGAAUGGAUUGGAAAGACUGUCUAUCUUUGGUACUGCCGAUGGUUUAUGAUACUGGAACGAAUAGUACACAGUUGGCAGAGAGGAGAGAACAGGUGCAAUCUGUGGCAAUGGGAGCUGUAAGUCAUCAACUGAAGAGAUUUGCUGAGUAUGCAGCUCUUCAGCCCAAUGAAUGCUCCCUAUUUCCUGCUGUUCGGGAUCUACUGGCCAAUUUGAUGCUUCCCACUGAAUCUCAAAUUCCGCCUCAGAUUCAGAAUCAAAUAGCUCCGUCGCCAGUUGGACAAGUUGGCACAAGCCCGAGUCAAAUGAUGCACUCCCCAAUGCAAUCAAUGGCUCAAGGUGGCCCUCCGACUGGCGCUUACAACAUGGUACCACCAGGAGGUCCCAACUAGCAUAUAACAUAUGAUUUUUUUUAUUCUCAAUAUUACAAAAAUUCUGCUAUUUGACCUCUCAAUUAAUUACAAAAACUGUAUUUGCUUCUCAAUUAUAAAAGGAAUUUUCUUUGACUAUCAGAAAUAAAACUUUUAUUUAUACCACUUAAAA